CAAUUAAAUUUAACGAAAGACUCGCUGAACUUUUACUGUCAAAUGUCAAUUUCUGAUGUGAGGUUAAGUUUUUCAAACUACAAAAAUAAAUUAACAGUGAUGAAUUAAUUGUUUAUAUUGGAAUGAUAUAGCACAAUAGGCGGUUCAGGAAUUUUUAUGUAUCAAAAUUUGUAAAUAUUCGUUCAAAAAAACGAAAUGUAUUCACUUGCAAAUUUCCUCGAUACUGGUUAAUUAUUUUAGUUUUGUCUACUAUAAUUUUCUUAAUAAUUAUGAAUUUUGUUAUACCUUACAAUUCAGUUUACAAAGAUCUUAGCAGUAAUAACAAACUCGCAUAUAUCUCAAAGGAGGAUGACAGUCAAUGGAUUGGACAAAAAAACACACUAACAUUCAAAGAACCGGAAAAAAAUAACCCACUACACGAUAAAUGUGAAAUAAUUCACAUUGGAUUUGUUUGUUCAGGAUACAGGUCUAAUUUAUAUUUACACACAUUAUUAAAAUCGUUAUUUUUUUACAACAUAAAUCCCAUCCAUUUUCAUAUCAUGGUGAAUAAAGUUUCGGAAAAGGUCCUGAAAACUUUAUUUAAUACCUGGAACUUACCACAAAGUAAUGCAACAUUUUAUGACAUUAAUGACUUCAUUCAGGACGUGAGAUGGGUCCCUAACAGCCAUUAUUCUGGUAUUUUUGGUUUGCUAAAGCUUGUGUUCCCGAAGAUAAUUCCUUUAAACGUUACCAAAAAAAUCAUAGUUCUUGAUACUGACUUAACUUUCGUUGGUGACAUUGUAGAGUUGUGGAGACUGUUUGAAAAAUUUAAUAAUAAACAAACGAUUGGAAUUGUAGAAAAUCAGAGCGACUACUAUUUGGGAAAGAACACCAAAAUUAAGCCUUGGCCUGCCAGCGGCAGAGGGUUUAAUUCUGGCGUACUGCUUUACAAUUUAGAAAGACUUAAAAAACUCGACUGGCCUAACUUAUGGCCCUCCGUUGCCAAAAAAGUAGCGAUAAUUUAUGGUUCAACCCGGUUAGGAGAUCAAGACAUAAUAAACGCGGUGUUAUUACAACACACCGAUCUCCUCUAUCAAGUGCCUUGUUACUGGAAUACUCAAUUAAGUGAUCACGCUUUAAGCUACAACUGUUACAAUAAGUUUAGAAUUAAAGUUGUCCAUUGGAAUUCGCCAAAAAAAACUCAUGUUGUUAACAAAGACGGGGACUAUUUUCGAACAUUACACCAGACUUUUGUGGAAUACAACGGAAAUCUAUUACGACGACAGCUGUAUUAUUGCAACACGACACAAGACGCUGCUAAUGAACCACAAAUCGACCUUUGUUCCGAAUUCCAUCGCGCCAAAACUAGUCAGUGGAGAACUUUGUUAUUUUUUCGGGAAUAUCAACAUUCGCUCGAGGAAAAUGCCAAAAACGAUGUUACAUUUGUCGCACAAUUGUCCUACGAUAGGUUGCAAAUGGUUGAAGAGUUGGUUAAGUACUGGCAAGGCCCUAUUAGUCUCACAUUUUACGUUACUGAUCCUGAGUUUCAACAAUGUUACAGUUUUAUUGAAAAUUCGGAGUUGUUACAGGACCGUACUAACAUAGCCUACCAUGCAGUAUUCAAAGAUGGGGAGUAUCACCCGAUCAACAUUUUACGCAACGUUGGAUUAAGAAACGUCGACACUCCUUUUGUUUUCUUGGCCGAUAUUGACUUUUUACCAAUGAAAGGUUUAUAUUCCGUACUGAAAAGUCACUUAAAUUCCAUUCGUGACAUGAAAGCCAAAGCUUUGAUAGUUCCUGCGUUUGAAACCCAAAGAUACCGAAGUCGCAUUCCGAAAAACAAAGCCCUACUGUUGGGUAUGUGGGAGAAAAAGUCUGUUUUCCCAUUUAGAUCGGAUGUGUGGGUGGCUGGACAUGCACCUACGAAUUACACGAAGUGGAAAUCGGCAAUUGCACCCUAUAAAGUAAAGUGGGAGCCUGAUUUUGAACCGUAUAUAGUGGUCAGUAGUGACGUCACUGAAUAUGAUAAUAGAUUCAUGGGUUUUGGGUGGAAUAAGGUGUCUCAUAUUAUGGAAUUGGAAGCGCAAGGCUUCCAAUGGAUUGUUUUACCGAAUGCAUUUAUUAUUCAUAAACCACACGCGCCUAGUUACGAUAUUGCAAAGUUUCGUACUUCGCCGGUUUACCGAAUGUGUUUACAAAAUUUGAAAGAAGAGUUUAUCAAGGAUUUGGAUAAAAAAUACGGGAGAUUAUUCGAUAAUAAAAAUACAUCAUUUCUUUUAGAUAUUAAGUAAAGUAGAACAAUUUUAUGUAAUAAUUUUAAACGCACUGUCGGGGGGCAGGGGUUAUAGCAGCUAAUCAAGUCAUUGCUGGUGUGAUGUUUUAUUCUUUUAAUUGAAAUGCUCGUAAGCAGCUAGAUAGUGUAUAAGUUGUCAAACAUGAAUCUAAUUUUAUCUUUUUAAAGUUUCUUAUCUAUGUAAAAUAUUUAUUCUUCCAUGUAAUAUGUAGAUAUUUAAAUAUAUCGAUCAAACCUCAA